CCCACUGAACACACGCACACACACACACACGGGGAACAGCGCCCCAUCCAUAAUUGAUGCUAGCUGUGGGCAGGCAGAUGCUGGAGGCAGGAGGAAGAAGGGAGGAAGAAGGGAGGAAGAAGGGAGGAAGAAGGGAGGAAGAAGGGAGAGCAGCUGGGUGUGUUUAUGGAGGAGACAGAGGAAGGCAAGAUGGUGGAGCAGGGUAACCAGGAGGCCCCUCCCCCUCCAGACUCCAGGACUCAGCCGUACCCCUCCGCCCAAUUUGCCCCCCCUCAGAACGGCCUGCCCGCUGAGUUCACCGCCUCACACCCUCACCCUGCGCCCCCAGACUACACAGGACAGCCCCCCGUCAGCGAACACCCUCUCAACAUGUACCCCACUUCACAGAACCACAGUGAACAGAGUGGACAGGACACCAGCAUACAGACCGUCUCAGCCACAGCCACACAGACAGAGGAGGAGUCUCAGACAGACAGUCAGCAGCAGAGCCAGGCGUCUGACAGUUGUAACAGUAAGACUCAACCCAAGCGUCUCCAUGUCUCCAACAUACCCUUCAGAUUCAGGGACCCAGACCUCAGGCAAAUGUUCGGCCAAUUUGGUCAAAUCUUAGACGUUGAAAUCAUUUUUAACGAGCGGGGCUCUAAGGGUUUUGGGUUCGUAACUUUCGAGCAUAGUGCGGACGCUGACAGGGCGCGAGACAAAUUACACGGCACGGUCGUAGAAGGCCGUAAAAUAGAGGUCAACAAUGCAACGGCACGGGUAAUGACCAAUAAGAAGACAGUCAAUCCUUAUGUAAAUGGGUGGAAAUUGAACCCAGUAGUCGGUGCAGUCUACAGUCCAGAGUUCUAUGCAGUGUUGUUUACCAGGAUGGAUUUUAUGGUGCAGAUAUUUAUGGGGGCUAUGCUGCCUACAGGUAUACUCAGCCUGCUGCCGCCACAGCUGCUGCAUUCGGUGACAGUUACGGACCAGUAUAUGCUGCGGACCCCUACAACCACCCACUUGCUCCAGCAGCCACAUACAGCAUUGGUGCCAUGAAUCCGUUUGCCCCGUUGGCUGAUGCCAAGACGAGGAGUCAUGCUGACGACGUGGGGCUGGUGUUGUCCUCCCUGCAGGCUAGCAUAUACAGGGGAGGUUACAGCCGCUUCGCCCCAUACUAACCCACCAACCAACCUCCCUAAAACCAUACAACAACCAAUUACUACCCUACCAACCAACCAACCUCCCCACAACCAAACAACAUCCAAUCCUUUUUGACAGGGAUACAACCGAGCAACCAACCAACCUCCCCACAACCAAACAACAUCCAAUCCUUUCUGACAGGGACACAACCAAGCAACCAACCAACCUCCCCACAACCAAACAACAACCAAUCUUUUCUGACAGGGACACAACCGAGCAACCAACCAACCAACCAACAAACAAACCACACAACCAACAAACCAGUAUGUGAGUGAGAAAGACAGAGAGAGUGAGAGACAGAGAGAGAGAGACAGAGAAUGAACUUUGAGGCCUGGGUAUUGCAAUAUAUGCUGUUGAGCAUGAUUUUAGCAGCUCCUAAGAGAGAGGGAAGUCAGUCAACUAAAAAGAAGGAUAUUUAUACCUCAGAUAUUGUGUGCUGUUCAUUUUGAUACAGUGGGUUUUUCAUUUGUAAAGGUCAGUAGAUGGUCCGUGUUGGUAGAGCUAUAGAAGAGCUACUAGAUUUAAAACCUUACCAUUGUAAAACAACACAUUUCAACUGUUCGGGCUUCGUGAAAAGACAAACCAAUCCUGUGAAAUACAUCGUAGAAUGAGAUCCCGUUUUGUAAGAGGGUUUACAUGAUUGCAGGGUUCGGAUUCCUUUGACAUUCUCUCUGUUAGCGUCUACGUUGUUUCCUAGCUACUGGGGUUAUGAUUAGGAACGGGGUUAAAGUUAAGGACUGGGCAAGUGUUAGGGUUAGGAUUCCUUUGACAUUCUCUCUGUUAGCGUCUACGUUGUUUCCUAGCUACUGGGGUUAUGAUUAGGAACGGGGUUAAAGUUAAGGACUGAGCAAGUGUUAGGGUUAGGAUUCCUUUGACAUUCUCUCUGUUAGCGUCUACGUUGUUUCCUAGCUACUGGGGUUAUGAUUAGGAACGGGGUUAAAGUUAAGGACUGGGCAAGUGUUAGGGUUAGGAUUCCUUUGACAUUCUCUCUGUUAGCGUCUACGUUGUUUCCUAGCUACUGGGGUUAUGAUUAGGAACGGGGUUAAAGUUAAGGACUGGGCAAGUGUUAGGGUUAGGAUUCCUUUGACAUUCUCUCUGUUAGCGUCUACGUUGUUUCCUAGCUACUGGGGUUAUGAUUAGGAACGGGGUUAAAGUUAAGGACUGGGCAAGUGUUAGGGUUAGGAUUCCUUUGACAUUCUCUCUGUUAGCGUCUACGUUGUUUCCUAGCUACUGGGGUUAUGAUUAGGAACGGGGUUAAAGUUAAGGACUGGGCAAGUGUUAGGGUUAGGAUUCCUUUGACAUUCUCUCUGUUAGCGUCUACGUUGUUUCCUAGCUACUGGGGUUAUGAUUAGGAACGGGGUUAAAGUUAAGGACUGGGCAAGUGUUAGGGUUAGGAUUCCUUUGACAUUCUCUCUGUUAGCGUCUACGUUGUUUCCUAGCUACUGGGGUUAUGAUUAGGAAUGGGGUUAAAGUUAAGGACUGGGCAAGUGUUAGGGUUAGGAUUCCUUUGACAUUCUCUCUGUUAGCGUCUACGUUGUUUCCUAGCUACUGGGGUUGUGAUUAGGAACGGGGUUAAAGUUAAGGACUGGGCAAGUGUUAGGGUUAGGAUUCCUUUGACAUUCUCUCUGUUAGCGUCUACGUUGUUUCCUAGCUACUGGGGUUAUGAUUAGGAACGGGGUUAAAGUUAAGGACUGGGCAAGUGUUAGGGUUAGGAUUAGGUUAGGAUUAUGGUUAAGGUUGGGAUUAGGUUAGGAUUAGGGUUAAGGUUGGGGUUAAGGUUAGGUUAGGAUUAGGGUUAAGGUUGGGAUUAGGUUAGGAUUAGGGUUAGGGUUAAGGUUGGGGUUAGGUUAGGUUAGGAUUGGGGUUAAAGUUAAGGACUGGGCAAGUGUUAGGGUUAGGAUCAGGUUAGGAUUAGGGUUACGUUUGGGGUUAGGUUAGGUUAGGAUUGGGAUUAAAGUUAAGGACUGGGCAAGUGUUAGGGUUAGGAUUAGGGUUAAGGUUGGGAUUAGGUUAGGAUUAGGGUUAAGGUUGAGGUUAGGGCUGAAGCUGAGGGUUAGGAUUGAGGUUAUGGUUGGGGAGGUGGGGGUAAAAUGGGGUAUUAGAAAGGCACCGAAAGGUUGCAAGAUCGAGUCCCCCUGCUGACAAGGUCAAAAUCUUGCGUUCUACCCCUGAACAAGGCAGUUAACCCACUGUUCCUAGGCCGUCAUUG